AUGGCUCUCAUACCCGAAAAGAACGGGAACGGCGGAACCAUGGGACGGGCAACCUUUGUCAGUGAAGGAUAUGUCAUGCAACCGCGCAUCAACCAUCGCCGAGCCGAUGUGGGCUUGGAACCGCCCGCCGCAGACUCGUACGCCAAGGUCGCCAAGCGGAGCGCUUGCAUUGGCAGCGACUGCGACAAGGCUGUCGGCACGAACGUCACCAACCUCGCCAUCAUCCUUGGCGUCGUGAUCCCCGUCGUCGUGGCUGUUUUCGUGCUCCUCUUUCUGCACCGCAGGAACGUCAGGCGGCUGAGGAUGGAGGAUGCCAAGGACCCCAACGUCGGACUCGACUUUGGUCUCGACGAAGCCCCUGCAAAGGGCGGCAAACGCAAGAGCUUCAUGUUCGGCGGUGAAAAGACGACUCACAGGCCCGGCCAGCUCUCCAUGGACAUGAACCUGUCCUCGCCCUACCUGCUGCCUCCCAAUGCCCAUCAGUCGCAAGAGUCGCUCGCCCGCAACUUUGUGGGCUCCGAGGCGGAUCCUUACCGGACGGUCAAGGAGUACAUCAACAGCGAGACUGGCUCCAUCAGGUCCUACGGUGGCAGCAAGCGCGCCUCCGUCAUCACCAGCAGGUCGAUGGGGGCGCCUAUGAUGCCCCCGCCCCGCACGAACUCGAUGCCCAAGUCGCCUGCCACACCAGAUGACACCAAGAUCAACCCGUUUGCGACGCCCACGCAGCCUGAGCCCACACAUCAGAUGCCCGCCACGACAGACAUCAAGGACCCCAUUCGCUCGGUGCCGUCUAUUGUCCCGGAGAUUGGAACCGUCUCAUAUCCCGACGAGAAGACCCACGGUGGCCUCGACAUGCCCGAUGUCAAGCCGCCGCCGCCGGCGUUGUCUAGGGACUCUCCCCCGGAUUUCAACUCAAGCCUCGCCCGAUCAGACUCCCUGCACCUCCCGACAAACAUCGGGGUCGCCCACUCGGCUGACGAUGGCCUUCAUUUCACGUCGUCCCACGACCAAGACUCCGGCCUGGGUCUCAACUUCGACCUCCCCAAGAUCUCCUCGCCGCCUCUCGACCACCAUGCGACUGAAGCUCACGCUCUAGAGUACCCUCCAGGCCAGGCGCAGACGUAUGAUCACGCGGAUCACCCCGAGAUCCGGACGUCAGAGUACUACGACGAGUACGAGGAGGAGGCACGGGGUCGCGGGUUGGAGAGGCAACCUUCCGUUGAGUACCCUGUCCAACAGCAGAGCCUAGGCGUGCCGCAGCAGCAGUCCAAGCGACUUUCAGUAGGCUUCCGCCCGCUCCCUCCGGAUGAAGUCACAGAAUCCGAGGACCCCGAGUACCGGGCCAACCGAAUCCGAUCCUUUUACAAGGAAUACUUUGAAGACAGCAAAGAAGCUCCGCCGCCCUUGCCAACUCAACGCGGCGGCGGCCCAGCUGCCGAGUACUAUGAGGAUUAUGAUGCCGGCUACCUGGGAGACAUGGCGUACUACGACUCCGACCAUAAUACGUUCGUCAUGCCCUAUGCCCAGCCAGUCACGAGAAGAGCCAUGACUCCGCCCCCGGCACCGGGUCGUUUCCGAGGGGGCCCUGGAGGACCGCCCGGCCGAGGACCUCGUGGUCCUGGGUCAAUCGGAGGCAUGAGCCUUCCCGGAGGCCCGCGCCGCCCACGGGCUGGGUCCGCCUUCGGCCCGCGACCCGACUCUUCGGCCUCGGCCAGACUACGCGGACCCAAGAGGCACCUGCCGCCCCCUGCACCUUUGAACACGCUGCCCACACCCUCCAAGCUCAAGGACGACUCCUUUGCCUUGAUGAAUGCAAUCGACUUUGCGCCUCCUGAGUCGUUCAGCGACCGUGCCGUUGGUCGCAGCCAGAGCCCUCUCGGCGAGAGACGGCCCUAUCAGCCAAAGGUGCCGGUAGCUUCGCCGCUUGUCACGGCUUUCGAUGAGCUGCCGGCGCUCCCCAGUCCCCAUUUACUCCGCAAAUCGUCGACAUUCACCAACCUGGACUUUGCGCCCCCGAAGAAGUUCAAGGAUGCAGAGACAAGUAGUGACGCUGGCAGCAUCCGGAGCAACAGGAGCGGCAUAUCGGCGAUGCAGCUCGGAGCGCUCCGUGGCGGAGCAGGCCGUGUCAGUCGCCUGCCCGGGGACACAGUCUUCACCCAGGCGGCGCUGCCAGACACGCUCAAGCCGCAGUGGGGGAUGCGCCCUUGA